AUGGUAACGAAAACAAAAAAGAUUUUCGUCGGUGGAUUGUCUGCUUCAACAACCCUCGACGAUAUGAAGAACUACUUCGAACAGUUCGGCAAGAUCGAAGAUGCCAUGCUCAUGUUCGAUAAAUCAACAAAUCGACACAGAGGGUUCGGUUUCAUUACUUUCGAUAGUGAGGAAGUGGUAGAGAAAGUCGUCGAGAUUCAUUUCCACGAAAUCAACGGAAAAAUGGUUGAAUGCAAAAAGGCUCAGCCAAAAGAAGUAAUGCUGCCAGUUCAGCUGGCUAAAACUCGUUCUUCUGCCAGAGGCCUUUACGGCAUUCCGGAGCAUAUUCUUGCUAACCUGUAUGGAUACAUUUUCGCCCCCGGUGACAAAGUGUAUACUGAUCUUAGUCUGACCGCUCCUGCUUUAGCAGUCGCGGGUGCUCGUCCUGAUUUUACCCGUUCAAGUAAGUUCUCAAAGUUUCUUUUCUGUGCACUGCAGUGCGAUGAAAACUAUUCCAUGCAGUUAUUGUUUUACUUCAUAAUAUUUUAGCU